GCAUGGACGACGUGGAAUGGACGAAGCGUCGCAGAGCGCGCGAACAUACAUGCUCGGAGGACGCGUGAAGCAUGCUCGGAGGACACACGCGCGCGUGGCGUGCACUCUGUCGUGGCCCGCGCGCAGGCACCGUUCCCGCCGCGUCUCCCCCCAUACCCGCGCGCACGCCCAUCACACGCCCGCUCUAUCGCCGACCCCGCACACCACGCCCCGCGUCCGCCCCGUGCUGCAUUCCGCUGCAUCCCGCUGCAUUGCGCUGCGUCCCGCUGCAUUACACUGCAUUCCACCUGCCAGCGACCGGCGACUCUGCACUCGUCUCGCAGCGCGCCCGCAGCGGGCCGGCGUCAUCGCCCCCAUCGCCCCCAUCAUCUUCACCCAUCGUUAUCCUGAUCGACGUCGGUGCCGACCGGGGUGCUAGGGGAUGUUGUGGCGUGCACGCGAUAUGGAGGGUACGGGACCGCGUCGACCGACGGGCGACGGGCGAUGGGCGACGUGGACGUGGACAUGGACGCGGACGUGAGGCGCGCGGAGAGGCGCGAGGCGUUGGUGCAGACGGACGGACGCGGCGCGGUCGCGGUGUUCGUGUUCGUGUUCGCGAGGACGAAGGGCGCAGGGCGCAGGGCGCACGCGUGCAGCUGGACACGACCCGACGAGGAGAGGGGGCAGAGUCCAGAGGUGGGCAGAUAGAGCCCGGGGGUGCGUCGGCGCGUCGGCGGGGGCACGGCGUGUACUUGUACGCGUGCCUACCCGCCUACCUAUUGGGUACUGUACUGUGUGGCGGACGCGGCGGGUCGCGGAGCGUUGGAGCGUCGAAGCUUGAAGCGUUGAAGCGUGAAGCGUGA